UGUUGCUGUAGCAGCUUGUGUCAGCGCCUUGGAAGGGGAGGGAGAGCGCGAAGAAGGGGGAGGCGGUAUAAAAGCGCCCUCCAUCCGCGAACGAGCUUCACUCCUGAGGCGGGCAGCGGAGAGGGAGGACUGGAAGAGCACACCCACGCGUACCUGAAGCCCAACCCCCACCCCCCUGCGUGGUAUUUACCAACAACAGACAUCUGUUGGGCCAAGUCAUUUCUUCCAGCGGACCUCGGGCUUACAUUGAGCACUAAAUGCGCAGAGGAGCCGCCAAGCUCGGAUCGAAAGUGGAGAAAAAGAGGCACUUCGAACGUACAGUGACCAAAAAAAGCGCACAGGCCGUGGCCGUUGCCUUCCUCAAUGCAUACCCUUUGUGCCCGGGGAACCAUGAAACCAGAGAUCAACGCCGCCGUCGGAUUUCUGACGAGAUUUCUGCGGGUAAAAGGACACGUAAACGACCGGCAGGUCCAAACGUUCAGCCAGAGCCUACACGACAUUUUGUCAGAACAAUACAAGCACCACUGGUUCCCAGACCGUCCCUGCAAAGGCUCAGGCUACCGCUGCAUCCGCAUCAACCACAAGAUGGACCCGUUGGUGGGGCAGGCGGGCCAGCGCAUCGGCCUGACUAUCCAGCAACUCUACCUGCUUCUGCCCAGUGAGCUCACACUAUGGGUGGACCCUUUCGAAGUGUCCUAUCGCAUCGGCGAGGACGGCUCCAUCUGCGUCCUGUACGAGUCGCAGCCCAUUCCGGCGGCCAUGCCAGGGAUGGCCGUGGCCAGCUCGCCAUCGGGAAGCGGCAGCACGAUGAGCCCCAUGAGCCCCAUGGUGGACAGUCACAUCAGCUGCAAGGAGGAACUGAUGGUGAUGGGCAGAACCAGUCCCUCCAAAGCCUACAACAUGAUGACUGUGUCCAGUUAAGGGGGCCGCGCAGCCACACCGGGCCUAUUUGUCAUUCAGGGUCACACCUUGGCCAGUUGGAUGAAUUUGACCGGAUCAGGGCGAGCCUUUUUAAAAGCUAAGAAUAUGAAAUGAAAUAGUGAAAGAAGAAAAAAGCAAAAGAAAAAGCAGAGGAUGUGCCCUAUCAUCCAGGUGAUGGAAACCUUGUAGGUUUGAUAACCCCCACCCCCCAUUAUCAUCUGUUCUGUUGUGUCAUUGGAUCAGCUGGGUACUCCUAUUUUAGGAGAGGCUUUGUGGAGAUGGAACUGUUGGGGCAGCUACACAUCCCGACCAGGACUUACCUUAACCCCUUCGACUGUAAACAUGGUGAUCAGCUUCAACCCUGAAGAGGCUGUCAACAAUGACUUUGCACUUUUCUUACUUGUGGUUACUAUGGGUACAAGCUAAAUACACCACAGCAACAAAAAAACACGCCAAAUUGUACGGAAUUUUCCCUUGAUAUUCAAAGUUUUGAGGACGCUUAGUUGAGGAGGAAGUUGAGGGUUUAGCCAGUCCAGAUAAAGACAGUGUCUAUUUUUGGUCAUAUCUUUUGCACCACAGGGAGUCUUCACCUGCUGGCGACUGGAGCUAACACCCUCCAUGUCCCCCUCUUCGAUUCAACUCGGGGUCUAACGUUUGCGACACCUGCUACCUAUGGAUACCAGCGUGUCCCCCGCACCCUCCCAUCGACCAUGUAGCUUUCCAGGGGGAGGGCACAAAUUCCCUCCCUCCCCCUCGAUUUAAUGAAUGUCGUUGAAAUUCACAAUCAAGUUGCCCCCCUUUUCCGUCGCCACCCUUCUCCUUUCUCGCCAAAAUUCAAAGUGUAGCCAAGAUGGAGGAGCCAAUUCUAGCCAAAUUUGUUAGAAUUGACAUUGAAUGCACUUUGACGUUAGAUUGUGUGGGAUGUGUACUUUUUUUAGAGCUAAUCGCCUGCAUUCCAUCCAUUCGAAUGUCAUUUUUUACCCUCCUCUUCUGUUUUUAGUCAUACUGUAGCUCCAAUGGUGCGACAGACGGCCGUAUAUCAAAUAACCAUGGGACUCUGGAUUAAAGCAUUUUUUUUACACUG